UCAGAGUGCAUGCUCUCCAUUUUAUCCUGUAUUACAAAAGCAGACUGGUCCCACUGAAAGCUGGGUAUUAAUCACCACCAUUUGCUGCUGAUUAAAGAGCUGGAGAGAGUUUGUCAUUGCGUUUCCACUCACUGCCAGGUUGAGCCGGCGGUUUCCAGGGAAACAGAAAAUCAGAAGCUUUCAGUUCUCCCAGCUCUCGCUGAAAUCCAAGGACCUCCAUCUACUGGAGACACUUCCUGAAAACAAACACAGCCUUCGCAAUCUGCCGCUCUCAGCAGCCACAGGGCAGGACGGCGGGAGGAACCGGGAGGAACCAGGAGGAAGAUGCCUCCGAAAUGAUGCACGUUUUUCGGUAAAAGAGAUACGAAGAGUCUCUCCGGACGAGUUUUUGCAGUAGAGCAGAUACAUUUAAAUACCAAGUACUAUGGGACAAUACAAACCCCUAAAGGAGAAAUUCAAUUCAUUGUGAAUGGAGAGUCGAAUUCUGACUCAGUCUGAAGUCUGGAAAGUUAUCUUGGGAUUAUAAAUGAGAAGUGAUGCCUGAAUGACCCACAUUAUGGUGGAUACAAAGCCAACGGAAGCCUGUAAACACUCUGAAGCAGGUACUCAGGAAGAUACCCCCGCCAUCUCCCCAACGUUAGGGGCCAAAAUGGACCAGGUUCACUCAGGUGUCCCCCGGGACUCGGCACUACUGGAAGGUUUAAGCACUCAUUCAGGACUUGCUCAUCAGGACAGUGCUCAUCAGCAUCAACUCGGCGGGGGUAGUGAUGGACAUGCACGUAGAGAGCGCUUCACCUCCGACCGACAACAGGCCAGCCAAGAAAUCACCAUUCUGGUGACCAAUCAUGAGGCGCAAGGAGUUGAGAUUGCAGAAGCUGAGAAAAUCGAAAUUCCUCUCAAUCUUGAGUUAAUCCCUUCAGCUGAGUGCACAACACCAACUGAAGAUGAUAGCUUGGAUGGUUCCAAGGUUGUGGAGGACCUAAUCAAGCUCAGUGAGCUGCAAGAAACCAGCAUGAUCAGCAAUAGUUCAGCAGUGCAAAGUGCCAGCUUGGUUGAGCGUGACCAAAGUGGAGAAGUUCAUAUUGAACAAAACAAGUUUCCUGCAGACUCCAAAACUUCAGAUCGCACAGACUCAGUGGAACUUUCACAGCGGAAGCAGAACCAGCUACCUGAGCAACCGCAGCAUGUGCAGACACAAGUGAGCCUGGAUGCCAUAUAUCAAUCAGUGGCCACCAGUCCCAUGACCCCUCCUCAGGGUUCUGCUGGUUUCUUCUUUCCGUACUCUCUUGCCAAGCUUGGGACCAGUGGAGAAAGUGAAGCAGUGCCACCAGUCCACAUGAAAGACGCCGAGCUUCAGGUUGGUGCACAGGUGGAGUACCGAUCAGUAGCCACAGCUCCUAUGACACCUGUUACAAAAACUGCCCCUGACCUACAGUUGGGGACUCGGUCAGUUGCCACAGCUCCCAUGACUCCCAUAGCCACAACUGCACCUGAACUGCCCGUGGAGACUCGAUCAGUUGCAACAGCUCCAAUGACUCCCCUUGCAACAACUGCACCUGAACUGCCCAUAGAGACUCGAUCAGUUGCCACUAAUCCAAUGACUCCCCUUGCAACAACUGCACCUGAACUGCCCGUAGAAACUCGAUCAAUUGCCACUGCUCCUAUGACCCCUCUUGCAACUACAGCCCCUGAACUUCAAGUAGAGACUCGAUCGAUUGCAACAGCUCCCAUGACCCCUCUCGCAACAACUGCACCUGAACUGCAUAUAGAGACUCGAUCGAUUGCAACAGCUCCCAUGACCCCUCUCGCAACAACUGCACCUGAACUGCAUAUAGAGACUCGAUCGAUUGCUACAGCUCCCAUGACCCCUCUUACAACAACUGCACCUGAUCUGCAAGUGGAGACUCAUUCAAUUGCAACAGGUCCUAUGACUCCUCUUGCGACAACUGCCCCAGAACUGCAAUUCGGGACUCGAUCAAUUGCCACAGCUCCUAUGACUCCUCUUGCGACAACUGCCCCAGAACUGCAAUUUGGGACUCGGUCGAUUGCAACAGCUCCUAUGACUCCUCUUGCAACAACAGCACCUGAACUUCAAGUAGCGACUCACUCAAUUGCAACAGGUCCUAUGACUCCUCUUGUAACAACUGCACCUGAACUGGGAUUGGGGACUCGAUCAAUUGCCACAGCUCCCAUGACCCCCCUUGUGACAACUGCCCCUGAACUGCAAUUGGGGACUCGAUCAAUUGCCACAGCUCCCAUGACUCCCCUUGCGACAACUGCCCCUGAACUACAUUUGGGGACUCGAUCGAUUGCAACUGCUCCCAUGACCCCUCUUGCAACAACUGCCCCUGAACUGCAAGUAGAGACUCAAUCAAUUGCAACAGAUCCUAUGACCCCCAUUGCAACCACAGCACCUGAACUCCAGGUGGAGACUCGCUCAGUUGCCACAGCUCCAAUGACCCCAAUAGCGACAAGACCACCUCAACUGCAGGUGGAGACUCGCUCAAUUGCUACAGCUCCCAUGACGCCCAUAGCAACAAGACCACCUCAACUGCAAAUAGAGACUCGCUCAAUUGCUACAGCUCCAAUGACGCCCAUAGCAACAAGACCACCUCAACUGCAAAUAGAGACUCGCUCAAUUGCUACAGCUCCCAUGACCCCCAUAGCAACAAGACCACCUCAACUGCAAAUAGAGACUCGCUCAAUUGCUACAGCUCCCAUGACCCCCAUUGUAAGAAAACCACCUGAACUGCAGGUGCACUCAAUGGCCACAAGCCCUAUGAGCCCCAUAGUCCUUAGCUCACCUGAGCUGGUCCCACAACCUGAACCACGAGCUGAGCCGAGACCCGAGGAACUCGUAGAGCCCAUACAGGAUGUCAGCUGGGAUGAAAAAGGAAUGACUUGGGAGGUCUAUGGUGCUGUGGUGGAGGUGACCGUUCUGGGCACUGCUAUCCAGAAGCACCUGGAGAAACAAGUGAAGAAGCAAAGGAAGCUAUCUGCAGGAACACCUGCUUCUAACGUCACAGACGCACCCACUCCAUUCCCUUCCAGCCCACCUGCAACAUCAGCAUCUAGUCGCUGCAGUUCAUCAAGAGGAAGCAAGAAAAAGGAAGAACCAAGAGGGCAGAGGGCCAGAAGAAGACAGAAUCCUUUACGCUUUUUUGCCAGGAAUGUUCGGAGGCCAAGCUGCUGCUCUCGAGCGCAAUCUGAGGAAAGACACUGAAGUAACACCUCAACAAGUAACAGCAGUUACUGAACGAUGGUCCUGAUGUAGGUCCAGUGAAGUACUCUGUCCAGAUAUACUUUACAGUUGUACUGUUGCCAGGAUUGGCCUGCCCAAGAAGCACAUGUGUCUUUGCUAGUUGUAGCCAUAGGUCCAACUGCAGGAUCUGUCCAAUGACAGGUACCCUUUAAUGGCAAGCUAUUCCCAGUGGCCGGGUAUGUUUUCAUUUCUUAGGUACCUUUGGCUUUAUGUUCAGACUGCAGUCAAUUCCAACGUCCAAUGUGGAUGCUGAGGUGUGCUUAGCUUCAUUACAUCCUGCUGUUGAAGCCAUUCUUUUCUAAACUUCUGUAUUUUUUCUUGAUGUUUGCGUCCAGAAUUUGCUGGUAUUUAAUUGAUGCUAUUCUUUUCAUGAUGAGUCUAAUGUUCCACAUGCCACUGACUAUGUUUAACAGUUGGAAAGGUAUUCUUUUCAUGAAAUUCACUACCUUACCUUUUCUCACUGCUGCCAAAAAGUUCUAUUUUGACUUCAUCAGACCACAGAUUUGUUUUACAAAAUACACUGCCUGGCCAAAAAAAAGUCGCCAUCUGGAUUUAAGUAAGUAAAUGAUGUGGGGUUGGUUGGUUGAUGCUGCAGUUGGUCUGCAGGUUUAGGUUCAGCAACAGUAUGUGCUGAAAAAAUGAGGUCAGCUGACUACCUGAAUAUACUGAAUAUAGACCAGGUUAUUCCAUCAAAGGCAAUGGUACGGCCAUAUUCCAAGAUGUCAAUGUCAGGAUUCAUGGGGCUGGAAUUGUGAAAGAGUUCAGGGUUCAGAGAGCAUGAUAUCAUCAUUUUCACACAUGGAUUGUUCAUCACAGUGUCCAGACCUUAACCUCAUUGAGAAUCUUUGAGAUGUGCUGGAGAAGGCUUUGUGCAGCGGUCAGACUCUUGGUGAAAAAUUAAUGCAACACUGGAUUAUAAAUGAAAUUAAUCUUGUUACAUUGCAGAAGCUUAUUGAAACAAUGCCACAGUGAAUGCAUGCCUCAAUCAAAGCUAAAGGUGACCAUUUUUGGGGGGGUUUGGCUUUUUUUUGGCCAGGUAGUGUAUAUUGGGCUUGUUUAGAUGUUCCUUUAAAAACACUUCUGUCCACUGUAACUGGUUUCAGAUGGUCCAAGCUGGUCAUUCAGACAAAAACUGGUUAGCCAGUUCUUGAGAGCAUAGUUUAUGUUGCAUUUGAUUUUGGUCAUGCCUGUUAAUGUUAGUCAUAGUCAAGCAGCAUGGUUUUAUUGGUUAGGAUAGUUGUCUGGCUCAGGUUCAUCAUACUAGUAGACAAGCUGGACAGCCAGAUUAUCCACCUUGAGAUGAUCAUAGUGUUUAUCAGCGUUCUGAUUCCCUACUUACUGUAUAUGGUGAACUGAAGAAACCUGAAAUGAUUUAGCCACCUACUAAAUCCACUUCACAUGGAACUUCAGGCCAUCGGUUAUGUUAAUGCUCAGACCACUUGGCAGCUGCUGAUUGUUGGGACAAGGUUUGAAGAGUCAGAUUAUUCAUAUUGCUUUGAAAUAUGCAUCACCUGACCUUUUUAAAAUGAUGAUUGUAAAGAAAACAUCACCCUAACAAGCAAAUUAACGUUAUUGAGUUUGGGGUAACCAAAAUACAGCAAAGUUUGUUUUUCCUUUUAUACUUUGAUAUUGAUCAAAAGUUACAUGCUUGUCCAGUUUAUCUUAUAUUCUUCUCUUCAGUUGUUUUACUGAGUUAUUUUUGCUAGACACCUUUUAUUUCUACUUGAUUCAUUAA